ACCUAUACGCCGCACACUGGACACGAUCUGUGUAAAAAGCAUGAAAAUGCGAUCAGUGGCGUACACUGAACGCUUAUUUUACUUCUCUCCCCAACACUGAUUGAUGCAUACGUACAUACAAACGAACAUCUCGCAGGGAUAAUGCAGAAAGCCCGCAUUCGAUAUGUCCAUCCAAUUACACUGCUUCGCAUUGUUCUCUGUUGUUAACCGGGGGCGUAUGACCAGGGAUGCCUCGAUGACAGUGAUACAGCAAGCAUAUGUUCACUGACUUCAAAUCGAUCACAUCACAAUUCGGUUUAAAGUGAGUGUAAUUGCCAACAAAUCGUCUGGAUUAUUACUCAAUCCGUUGAUUAUUCUCUGGAUUCUAGCUUAUUGUUUUAUCAGAUACGCAUAUUCUCUGAAAGAGCUUUCGGCAUUAUGCGAUUUAUCUCGACAAUCUCGCUUCUCCUCCCGUUCGCACUUACCAUCAUCCUCCUGAUAGAUGUUACCAUAGCAACGGUAACUCUUCCCCCUUAUUUGAGUCACAGCGGUACCCUCGCACCUGGACAAGAUGAACAUGGUGGUAUACCCAUGGGCGUCUCCAACCAACGAUGCGACGACGGAAAGACCAAUUUGACCAUUGACUGGGACGGUUCUCGUGACGCAUUUGAAUGUCCCUCGGAAAGGUGGACAUCGAACAAGAUGAGCAAAAAGACUUCAAGCAUUGAUGAACAGUGCACAACAAAGACAGACAACCCUAUCCAUGUCUGUAUGAAUCGAGCCAUCAUUUAUCAAGACGUAAUUCCAACGAGUGGAGCACAUCGCCCCCUAUGGGCCAAGUACGGAGAGUAUAGAUAUCUUCCCAAACAGAGAUGGUUACAUAAUCUAGAGCAUGGAGCUGCGGUAUUUCUCUACCACCCUUGUGCCGAUAUGAAUGAAGUGACAAGAUUUAGAAGAAUAGCACGAGGAUGUCUAAGGAAACACAUCAUUACUCCAUACAAAGAACUCAGCCAGGAUCGGCCCUUUGCAGUCCUGACUUACGGAUGCAAAUUGGAACUGCCGUUCAUCGCUUCAAAUCGUAUUCGAGAAUUUCUGAGAGAGCAUGCAGGCAAAGCACCUGAAAGAAGGGUUGCAGAAGAUGGUCAAUUCAACAUUCAGCAGACCCAUAAAGCUAAGACUGUUUCUAAUGCCAAUGACUGUGUAAUCUGCCCUGCGGAGCCAUUUGAUGGAUGUCCUGGACACCACACCCAUACGAGUCGGGUCAAGCAGGCAAUCAAUAAAGCUCAUCAUCGUCCCAAGAAUGAUAAACCACGCAAGAGACAAGGAAAAAUCCAUGAUUAAUUAGGCAUCAAAAUACACCACUCUGGGGUAGGGGAUAAUUAAAAUAAAUUGGGGCAUGAUUCUUUUAAAAGUCAGGUUUGUCUACAAAUUUAGGUCAUGAAAAAUUAUGACAUAUCAGGGGAAGCUCUUGAUUAAAAAAAAAAAAAGAAAUGGGAUGUUUGUCGUUGUUUUUAGGUUGUCUGUUUAAAGCCCAACAGGAAGGGUGCACAUCAAAAGAUAUUCUUUGAUAUGCAAUGUGAAAUAUUAGGGGGUGAUUUAUAUUUGCCUUUGUUUGUUUAGGAAGGAUGGGGUAACAUUGAUAAAGCAAAUACUAGAAAAUUGAAACCAUGUAAGAAACAAAAAAGGGUAAAAUCAGAUUUAUAAUAUCAGGGUGUAGAGAUGCUUUGCUGACAGAGUGAAUUAAAUUGUUUUUCUUAACAUUCAACAAUUAGAGAGGUUUAUUAUGGUAAUCAUUAUUCAUAAUAUGAAGUAAUAUCAUGAUAAUGUUUACACUUAUUAUAGCUCUCUUGUUUGGAAAAACACAUUGCAGAAAAUGUGGAACUAAUCUUUAAACAGCUUUCAUGCAAUUUUUUUCCUAUUUCAAACUAAAGUUGAUUAAUUUCUUCUAUUAAAUACAUUUUUAUGCCGAUUAAAAAAAAAUUACAGAGGAAUAAAAGCAAUAUAUGUACUUCAAAUGCAGCAUUUGAAAUACAUUGAUUAUAUUUUUGGAAUUUACAUUUUCAAGUUACAAAUGAUUUAAUUCCUGCGAUUAUAGUCAACAUAGUCUGUAAAGCUUUAAAACAGACAAAAUGACAUUACUGCCAUGGAAUUCUUCAUAUAAAUAUGAAUUUACCAUAAAAGUAAUGAAUACAUUUUAACUACAAUUAACAAUAUGCAUCAAGUGAAAAUUAUCAGGUUCAUUUUCUGUUAUUUUGGUAUGACAUUCUCAUGAAAAUUGUAAAGAAUACCAUAUAAGUAUAUACACCAUAUA